CCGUCGCCUGCUCCUUCAUGAAUCUCCAUUUGCUCCCGAAGCAGAGGAACACCACCGACGCCGCCGGCUGAUCAAGAAUGGAGGCCAAGGAGCCUUCGAGAAUGGAAGGUGUUUGGAGACUGCAACCAAAUUUGCAUGACAACAAGGCCCUGAAGGAUGUGCCGCUGCCGCCGUUGCUUCACCUUUCUCUUACUAUUGCCGUUUUCUGAAUUUGUUAUUGAGGACCCUCAUGAAAAGAAGAAAAAAUGUUGGCUAAGCGUAUUCAGAAAUCUGCCAGUGAUGCAUGAUUCAACCUGUUUUUGUUGCCUAGCUAGUAGACAAUAUUGGAGUGGCUUGACCAUGAUUAAAAGCACGUUCGUUUUAAACGUGUUUAUUGCUUAAUGUUAAUGCAUUCGUCUCAUAGAAAACAACAGCUUGAUACGUGCAAUGUGAAGGGGGUAAAAAGACAGCAUUUCUGCUUCCUUCUGGCCUCCAGCUUAUGGUGGUUUGAAUGGCUCCCUGAGCUAUUUGACAAGAGCAAUCGGUGAAAUUGAGAAGAAUUUCUCGGCUGCUGCAGCUGGUAAUGGUAUCUGCAGAUCAGUGGUUGAGCCACUAGGCUAUAGCUGUGCAGAACACAAGGUGACUACAAAAGAUGGUUACAUCCUCAGCAUGCAGAGAAUUGCUAGCAAUUCUGGUGGUGGUUCCAGAAAGCCUGUUCUUCUGCAGCAUGGACUGUUCAUGGAUGGAAUGACCUGGUUGUUACUACCUCCAGGACAAAAUCUGGCAUUCCUCUUGGCAGAUAAUGGCUAUGAUGUCUGGAUUGUCCAUGGCCGUGGAACCACGUCCAGCCGAGGCCAUGUAUCUUAUGCUCCAGAUGACAGAGCUUAUUGGGAUUGGUCAUGGGACGAAUUGGCAGCUCAGGAUCUUCCUGCCACGGUUGAUUAUAUCCAUGACCAGACAAAACAGAAGCUGCACUUUGUUGGCCACUCCCAGGGAAAUUUGCUAGCUCUAGCAGCUGUUUCAAGAGGCCAUCUUGUCAACAAGUUGAGUUCAGCUACUUUGCUUUGUCCUGUCGCUUAUAUGCAUCACAUGUCAUCACUCCUCAUGAGAGGGUCCAUCAAUCUGUUCUUCGCCGAGGGAUUUUACUGGCUGAAGAUUAAGGAAUUUGAUCCAAAUGGGGGUCCUGCUCAAAAGUUUCUUGAGAAAAUGUGCAAGCUGCCAUUUGUGGACUGCAGCAACUUGAUGACUGCAUUGACAGGGAAGAACUGCUGUCUGAAACCUUCUGCAAUGGAUUCGUUCCUGAAAUAUGAGCCUCAACCAACAUCAACUAAGAACUUGCUCCAUCUUUCUCAAAUGGUGAGAAGAGGGACAAUAGCUAUGUAUGAUUACGAUAACGAGGGUCAAAAUGUGAAGCGUUAUGGGCAGCCUAGCCCUCCGGUGUACGACAUGACCCGAAUUCCGAAGGACUUGCCUCUCUUCCUCACUUAUGGAGGCACAGAUGGAAUUACCUCAGAUAAAGAUGUGCAGAUCUUGCUGGGAAGCUUGAAGGACCACAUGGGAGACAAGCUUGUGACUCAGUUCAUAGACAACUAUGCUCAUGCGGACUAUGUCAUGGCUGAUAAUGUUAGGGAAAAGGUUUAUGACCCUCUGCUCGGUUUUCUUAAACAGUAUUGAAUGAGGAGACAAUUAGUUAUAUGCUUUCAUUCGUCUUCUGUUAUCAUUAAACUUAUGUUGUAUUCGUUAAUUGUAACACAAAUAUAAUAAAAGGGAAACUUACUU